AUGCGGGCAUUCUUCUCGCACUCGACACCGUACCUCUGGCCGCGGAGAACAGCGGCAUCUCUUCGUCGCAGUUGGGCACUGAUUGGAGAACGUUUCUUUGGUUCCCAUGCUUUUUAUACGGUGGAUCCUAAAGUCAUUAUGCUGUUGAGGUAUAGACGAACAACUCAUGUACGAUCCCCCAAACCAGCAAUAGUGCCUCAGUCGUUCACGUCCUGUUCAAGAUUGACGAUGUGA